AUGGAGGAGAUACGGGAAACCGAAGCCAAGCAAACGGAGGAGAUACUGGAGAUGCAGAGGAAGGAGCAGGGGAGCCAGAGCGGGCCGCCGCACAUGACGCCUCUGAAGCCGUUGACCCACGACGCUUACGGCGGCGGGAUGUACGGAAAGGACGACGAUCAGGGCCAACAAGAGCGGCCGGCGAGCAAGCCGCCCGCCAGUGACACGCAGAGCGCCGAUGGGCCGGUCGGGCCGCCGGUCCAGCCCAAGCACAGGCCGCCUCCCUCGACCGGGGACAGGGACCUCGACAUCACGGGCCAAUCUUAUAUUCAGUAAUUUCGAUUUGGUCGCUGUUCCUGGUUUUCUUUAAUUUCUACUCUUCCGGUUUUUCGAACGUUUCGGUUUGUCUGGCAUUUU